AUGCAAUCCCACUCUGUUGUGCCAUUACUCUCGACGGCAACAGCAAGUCCAAAUGAACGUCAACGCGCUUCCGAGUUAGGCUAUCCAGACCCGAUUUGUUCCAGCUAUCAGGAAACUUCUCACAUGUACGAAGCCUGUCUGGAGGCUGCGUUCGAAGCCAUGAAAUCUCGAGCAGUCGGCGCGGUCUCCAUAAUGGCUGCAACGCACAAUGAAGAAACUGUCAAAAUGGCGGUAAAUAAGUAA